UUGUAUGUUUUACGCCCAUAAGGCGUGAAUAUUAUUAUUAUUUAUUUAACAAGGGCCCCCGCAUUAUUAUUACAUUUUAUUUUGUACUAAUAUGGUUAAUUAUUUAUUGUAACAUUAUUACGUACCCGAACUCGGGCGCAUCAUCAUAUAUCUGGUUUUUAUUUAUUUAUAUAUAAUUUGAACAGUGAUAAUUAUUAUCUGGUCCUUUAUUACGCGAGUCAAAGCUACCGACCACCAUACUCGUAGGAGUGGUUUUGGCGCAAACAUUAAUUGUUAACAAAAGAACCAAAUGGAUGACCUUAUUUUUUAAUUUUUUUCUAAUUUAUUAUGUCAAAAAUCCUAAUAAGGUCAAACAUGUACAAUAAUUAUCGUAGUACCUAAGCUGUAGAAAUAUUAAAUACAGUAAAAGUUAAUCAAAAUAUUAAAACAGUCACAUUGAAUAUAAAAUAUAACCUGGCUCAAAUGAAAAAUUGUGUCUUGAAUAAAUUGUCAUGGAUUUUGUAUAGUGUAGUUGAUUUUUGACGCAUAUAAAUUAUUCUAGCAACUCGAACUAUUCAGUUUUUUUGAACAAUUUUUUACCGAUAUAAUAUCAAAUUUGUUAAGGUUUUUAUAUUUUGAACCAACAAAUUACCGUGUGAUAUAAAUACGAGAUAUUUAGCAAAUUUUGAGUAUAUUUCGAGUAGUAAUAGCUUAAAUAGGAAACACAAAUGAACAAAUAAGUAUGCCAGAACUAUCAGCAGUGAAGAAUGAGACAAGAGUAAGAAGUAAGGGAUGGUUCAACUGGCUUAAAAUAUGGAAUAUAAAUAACAAUGACAGACAUGAAAAAAGGGAUAGCAAAAACGAAUUCGUCAUAGAUGCUCCCAGAAGGGAUACAAAAUUGAAAAUGUUCAAUGCUUCUAGAGAAACAAUGAUGAUAUCACUUGACCCUGACGAAGACUACAAUACCAUGAGCCGGAAUUUUGCAGGUGGAGACAAAUUACGGAAAUGGUCUCCAGAUAACAGAAUUCAACAGUACUCUAUUAUACACUGCAAUUUCAUGCGCCUGAACAAAUAUAACAUCGACGCUCAGACAAAAAUGGAAAACGAUGUCUCUCGACCGGUUAACUUAGACGAACAAAAUAUGACGGAUAUUCAGAUAUCCCAAGAGCAAUGCGCUAAUAUGGACCGAGAUGAACCCUCCAAAUAUAGUGUGAAUGUGUAUUCAGAAGUCAAUAGCGAAACAAUUCUAUUAGACGACGUCAACACUAAGCUUGACCAGAAAACAAUGUGUAUCGAUUUAAAAAAGGCAAUGGAAGUUAUGAUCAAGCUGAAGGAAGAAAAUUGGAUUUUGGCUACAGAAUUGACUGCUAUGAAAGAAAGCUAUAAUUCAAUGGAGAAAAAUAUGAAUUCGAUUAAAGAAACUUAUACAGUGAUGGUACAGAAACAAGAAGCACAAAAUUGCAUUUUGGCUACAAAAUUGGCUGCUAUAAAAGAAAGCAAUAAUUUAAUGGAGAAAAAUAUGACUUUGAUUAAAGGCGAAUAAUAUAAUAAAAAACAUAAAACUAUUGGAAGAUGAUGUAUAUUAUUUUUGUUUCAAUAUUUAGAAGUGAAUAAACAAAACCUAAAGGUGCAAAA